GGAACACAGUCGUGUUGGAGUCACUGUGCAAGUCAAAGGCAGAAAGAAGUCCAGCUGGGCUCUGAGCAGGCUCCCUGCUCCUGGAAUCCGCGUCUUUAGUCCCUCAAGCAUCCAACUCUCCAUGAGGACCAUCCGCUGCGGGGAACCGGGUGGAAUUACCGGAUUAGAUGAACCACAGAGUCCGCCGGUAUGGAUUGUGACACGCAGAAGUUCUCUUUGCGCAGGCGCGCCGGCACGUCUCCUCCCUCUACCUGAGAGGAGCGCACCUGGAUCCACCGAGACGGAAGUUCUGUGAGAACACAGAGUAACUCUUUUUUUUUUGUCUCCGCGAAAAGUUUCUUUGGAGUUCAAGCAACAAAUAGAAGAUCAUCAGCCGACACAGAAUGUCAUUGGUGGAACUUUUCCAGAACAAUUUAAAGGUCUUUUCUACCCGCAGUCUGUAAUUCAGCGACUCAUGCUGAAUGUCAGUACGCAGCCUGCUCUCCAUUGAAGAAGAAUGAUAGCUCUCCGUAGAGUGCUCCGAAGGCGUUUGCAUCCAGUUAAACUGGUGAUAGUGGCCCUUGUCUUUGUCACAUUUGUGUUCCUCAUACAAUGGGAAGUUGGGAGCCAAGGCCAACAGGAGGACCCGUGGCUGAAGGAGAUGGCGGUGAAGCGGGAUGCCGUGCUGGGCAUAGUGAUGGGAGCGGUCAAUAACAUCAGGGAUGUGAUCCCAAAGAUGCAGAUCAGAGCCCCUGUUCGUCAGCCGGACAGCCCAGAGAGUGGCUCUUGUCUGCCAGGUCACUACACUGCCGCUGAGCUCAGGCCAGCUCUGGAGCGGCCACCUCAGAACCCUAGUGCUCCUGGAGCAGCAGGGAAACCUUUCCACACAGACCCGCUGACCCCUCAGGAGCAGAAGGAGAAGGAGAGGGGUGAAGAGAAGCACUGCUUUAACCUGUAUGCCAGCGACCGCAUCUCCUUGAGCAGAGACCUUGGCGCAGACACAAGACCACCAGAAUGUAUUGAGCAAACCUUCAAGCGAUGCCCCGCCCUGCCAACCACCAGUGUUAUAAUUGUGUUUCACAAUGAGGCUUGGAGCACCCUGCUAAGGACAGUAUACAGUGUCCUCCACACCUCCCCUGCCAUUCUCCUCAAGGAGAUCAUCCUAGUGGACGACGCCAGUGUGGAUGAUACGUUGAAGGACGGGCUGGAUGAGUAUUUGAAGCAGCUGAGCAUUGUACGAGUUGUCCGCCAGCGAGAGAGAAAAGGACUCAUCACCGCUCGGUUGCUGGGUGCCUCCGUGGCCACCGGUGACACUCUCACCUUUCUGGACGCCCACUGUGAAUGCUUUAAUGGAUGGCUGGAGCCCCUUCUGGCCAGGAUAGCCGAGAACUACACUGCAGUAGUGAGUCCUGAUAUAACCACUAUUGAUCUCAAUACUUUUGAGUUCAUGAAACCGUCCCCAUAUGGCCAGAACCACAACCGGGGCAACUUUGACUGGAGCUUGUCCUUCGGCUGGGAGAAUCUACCAGAUCACGAGAGACAAAGGAGGAAGGAUGAAACAUAUCCCAUCAAGACUCCCACUUUUGCUGGUGGCCUCUUCUCCAUCUCAAAAGAUUAUUUCUACCAUAUUGGAAGCUAUGAUGAAGAAAUGGAAAUCUGGGGCGGUGAAAAUAUUGAAAUGUCAUUUAGGGUGUGGCAGUGUGGCGGACAGCUGGAGAUCCUCCCUUGCUCCAUUGUUGGUCAUGUUUUCCGCACUAAGAGCCCCCACACCUUUCCCAAGGGCACACAAGUAAUUGCCCGUAACCAGGUACGACUGGCGGAGGUCUGGAUGGACGACUACAAGGAGAUCUUUUACCGUCGUAACCAGCAAGCUGCACAGAUGGCAAUGGAUAGGGCCUUCGGAGAGAUCUCCAAACGCGUGGACCUCCGUGAACGGCUGCAGUGCAAGAGCUUCUCGUGGUAUUUGAAGAACGUUUAUCCAGAAGUCUUUAUGCCUGAUCUCAACCCACUCCGCUUUGGCUCGGUGAAAAAUGUCGGCAAAGACUCAUGUCUGGAUGUUGGAGAGAACAAUGAGGGUGGGAAACAGCUGAUCACUUAUCCAUGUCACGGACUCGGAGGAAACCAGUAUUUUGAGUUCUCCACACGUCACGAGAUAAGACACAACAUUCAGAAGGAGCUGUGUUUGCACGGGGCAGAGGGGACUAUAAAGCUGGAGUUCUGCAAGUUUACAGGCAUGAGCACAUCUGUAGGAGCAGAGCAAAAAUGGGAACUGAAGGAGAACCAGUUAUUCUACAUGCCAGGAUGGAACAUGUGUCUGAGUGCCCGUCAUGAGCACCCCUCUCUGGCCCUCUGCAACCCCUCAGACAGAUUCCAGCUGUGGUCCUUCGUCUGAGUGGGCAAACUACCAAUUUGCAAAAAUAGCCACUGUAUGCAUAGAUCCACUAGGAUACCAGGAUACCAUACUGUAUGCAGCUAACAUACAGUUAUUAUGAUUAAUGACAUUUAGUUUUAAUUUAUUUUUAUACAUAGAAGAGCUGAACUACUGCUGCUGGGAAGUUUGGACUUUGGGAGAAACCACAGUGUGGCACUGCUGGAAGGAAGCAUGAAACUAAUGCUCCCAUUUGGACUGUGAACUGAGAUUUUUGGAACAAUGAAGAUGCACAGGUGCCUCUUUUGUGUUUGAGAUGUAUUUACUACUCCAAGUCUUGGCAACCAACACAUGCAGUAUAAGGUAUAUAAAGUUAACAUUGAACAUGUUCCACUAAGACGCAUGAAUCUAAAACAAAAUUUAAAAAAAACUAAAUACAGUUUAUGCAUGUAUUCAAGUUGGACAGACAAAAAUCCAAAAUGUUAUGCACCAAAGAGACUGGAAAAGAAAAUCCAAACCUCACAAAUAUGCUGUGCACUGUCCCCCUUUUUAAAAUAACUUUUUAAAUCAUGUAAAACCUCUUAUAUGCUACCAUCCAGUGCCUUACAUGUCAUUUUAUACUGGGUGGGUGGAGUGCUGGAGGGAGGGUUGUGGGAGGAUUGCUGCAGUUUUCUGUUGAUGCAGAAUUAUAGUUUCAACAGUAUUGUGUUCAAGAGAAUCUUUAACUCAGAAUUGGAGUCAAUACACUUUGCUUACAUUUCCUGAGAUCAGGAAAGGUUUGCAGGACAAAGAUUUUAUAAUGUCUAUACGCUUGUUGCCAGUUUAUUAGGUUCACUUAGGUAUAACUAAUGCAGUCUAAUACAAUCCUGCUGUAAAUCCUCCCUUCAAUAGGGUUAUAAUGUGGUUCUGUUAAAAUAUUUUGAUGUGUUUCUUAUAUAUAUCAUGAGGGUAAGAGUAAAAAAUACACCUCUCAGUACAACGCAAAUACAGUACACCAGCACCAAAAUGAUCAGGAAGUUGAAUCAACACUUCUGUUAAACAGUUUCAACCAAGAAUUGAGCGUUCUAACCUUCACAAAGGUAGAAUUUACCGAAGGACUUUCAUUAGACUUUACUAGUUUUAUCAAGGUGUACUUGAUACACUGGCAACUGAUUGUAGAGAUGUGAAGAAUGAUCAUUUGAA